AUGUCUGAACUGCAAGAGUUUUUGCUAGUGGUCGACGAUAACAGAGAGCAGGCUCUGGGAAUUGCUAGUAUCGCAGCCCAAAAGGUUGAAAACAAGCAAUCAACUUUGAUUGGUUUAGUUCAGUCUCUGGGUGAAUAUAUCAAUGACGAAAAUCCUGCAAUUCGGGGGAAAGUAGUUUCGUAUUUGACAGCGGUCAUAAAAGCGCUCUCGCCGAAUUUCCUUUCCCGCCAACAAAUACAGGCCCUGACAGACUUCUACUGCGACCGAAUUGAAGAUGGAGGGGCAAUAGCAGGUCUGGAUAGGCUUCAAGGUCUUGAUCGUUUUACCAAAGAUAUGACUGAGAGGGUUAUACGAUCGACAGGUGACAGAUAUGUACCUCCGCAAUCGAGAUUUUCAGAGAGACGCUUAUCAAAACACACAGCACUGCAAGAUAUGGGCGAUGAAUCGCUAGUUGGGAUUGUUGACCUUGUGAGCGGAGAGAGAGACCCAAGGAAUCUCAUGCUCAUUUUCUCCAUUCUCAAGGUCCUUAUGGUGGAAUGGGAUAUAUCGAACCAUGUCCAGGUUGCGCACCCGGCCACUGAACUGCACGUUGGACUUCAGAAUUCCACGUCGCUGAAUGUGAAGAAAGACGCUUUGAACUCGCUUUAUGCAUGCAUAUCCUCAUUCGACCCGGCCACUGUGUCGCGCUACUCGAUAAGCGUAUGGGAUACUUUGAAAUUUGAGAUUCUUCAUGCGCAGGAAGAAAUUAUUGCGGAAGAGUCAUUGAGAGUGCUUCAAUGCCUAGCAAGGCGACUUUCCACCAUUACCACGAAAUCCCAAACUUCCGCUCUCGUACAAUAUCUGAAACCAAUAACGAAGGAAUGUAAUGAACAACUACGCGAACCACAACAGAAACAAGCUCAACCAGCGCGACAAAUCCUGAGAUCACUUUCAUCUGCCUCUUUGACAUCCUUUACACUGAUUAUUCAGGACGUCAUUGUACCAUUACUUACUGUUUAUCAAAAUGCUCAUGGAAUUGCCAAACAAAGAGGUCUCCUAGAGGCUUUCGUUGCACUAUUUGACUCCGCCAUUGAUAUUCUUGGAACAUGGACUACUCCCGGAUCAGAUUUUUCGCAGGAAAACCCUCUCAGCCCCUUUGAGGAGCGUUUACUUGAAAUCUUCAGCCAAGCGCUGAUGGGGUCCGCGAAGGAUGAGACCUCGUUCCGGCUUACCUCCAUGCAAGGCCUGCUUCGCCUAUCCAUCCUUCGAGGGUUCUUACAGGAUAACGAAAUAGGCCUUUUUGUACAGUAUCUCGAUGACAUUCUGCUGACGGAGACAUCGGGAAAACCCGAGCUCAGGAAGGCAGCAAUAGACGCUCUGGCUGGAAUAUCGGAACACAAACCGCGCCUCAUUAUGGAUAUCUCAUUUCCAGCUCUCAUGGCUAUGCUUCCAGAUUCUGACAAAGGUGUAGAUCCUGCAUAUCUCAGUAUUCUCGAAAUCCUUGCUCAGAUCAGUAUUGGGAAAGACAUAUUCGAAACCCUCGUCCGGCGCCUCUUGGGCCGGUUGGAGAUUUUACUACUGCCCGGAAAUACAAGCACUUCUGCAUACCCCCGUGCGAUUUUGUUGACGAUACUAUACGCCAUGGAUCGAAAAGGAUUGGAAAAUGACUCUACCAUUGAUUAUUAUUAUGAUCAGAUACUGGUAAAAUUGAGCAGGCAAGCGGCUAUUGCAACCCUCGAAAAUGAUACUACGACAGUUAUGAAAGACCCGUCCGUUCUUGACGUUCUUGGGCGUCUGUUCAAUCUCAUAGUCCGUUCUCUCCCUCUCAAGAAACAGGAUGAAGUUUGCGAGAAUGUUUACAGCCUUUUUGCAACAAAUGAUGACUUUGUUCCAGUCCCAUUUUCAUCAAAUGUCACACCCCUUCGACGGCAAACCAUGAUCCUGUCAACUUACCUUCUGCUGGACUACCAAAGACUCUAA